UGGAUAUUUUUAUAUUGCAGAGAGUACAUGAAGAGCUUGUGGUUUGUGUAUGGCAUGGAGCAGCUCGGACUGAACUGCUCUGUGAAGAUGUUCGCGGCCCGCAAUAAGUCGGAAUUAGUCGCCGAAAUCCUCAGCCAAAAGUCAGCAGCCAGCGCGAUUCUAGCCGCUCACAUCUGUCGUGAAUACGAACUGCACAAUCCUGUCUAUUGGAACACCAUUUUGAAACUAUUCACUGAGUCGUCCAUGGUUUUGGUGGAGCAUUUAGAGGAAUUCAUCGUCACACUGGGAAUCGAUUGGUAUCUUUUGGAUAGAGAAAUUUUGUCUUCGGCUUGGAAUCGUUUGAUUUAUUUGCGUUUCUUUCAAGUUGAUGAGCUUUCCGAAGACAAGGAUUCUCAAGUGGAUAGAAUUGUAGAAAACAUCAACAUAUGCCCUUCUCCAGAUCUUUUGAAUAAGAAAUUCAUCAAAGAGCAACUGAAGAGGUUAAACUCCAAGCAUGUUUUAGGUACUUUAUAAGUAAUAGCUGCUGUCUAAAUGUAAUAUUUUUGUAAUUACAAAUAAUGUAAACUAAAGCUACGUUUACACCAGAGUUAUUAACAAAAUGUUUAUUUUUCUGUCCUUAUAGAUUCUAUUAGAUUGAACAUAACUUAUCAUACACAUGAUGUGCAUAUGUGUUUGUCAAGCUCCGUUUAAUCUAAUAGAAUCUAUAAGGACGGAAAAAUAAACAUUUUGUUAAUAACUUUGGUGUGAACGUAGCUUAAGUAUAACAGUCUAGAAGUAAAUUUUUAAUGAUAUAUGGAUGUAGGUAAUUUUUUAAAUUUAACACUUUUAUCAGAGAUAUUGUGGAACUUCUCCAUAUUAAGAUAAAGAAAGGAAAAAGAAAAAAGAUG